AGCCAUUCCAAAAUUUAUAGUGUUUUUGUCAAUACAACUGUUAACAAGCAAACUAUUUAACAAUGUUAAUGUUGAGGCUUGGUGUUAUCUUGGUAUUAGGCAUAUGUUUAGAAGGCCUUCAAAACGAAAUAAAAGAAGGAACAGUUAAACGAGAGGAAGAUGAAAACAAUAGAAAAUCGAGACCAGCUGACAAACGACCUUGCCCAGAUGAAAUGCGUGAUGAUGGUACAAGUUGUUGGAAAGACUCAUAUGGAAGAGGUGCAGGUCGUGUUCCGGAUAAAGAAAACUGUCCCUCUAAUCAACGCGAUGAUGGGAUAAGUUGUUGGCUGGAUAGCUAUGGAAGAGGUGCAGGUCGAUUACCAGAUAAAACAGCAUGUCCAUCUGGACUACGAGAUGACGGUACCAGUUGUUGGAGUGAUGCCCAUAUAUAUGGAAAGGGAUGUUGUUGUACAAUCUUCGGGUGCUGUAACAAGUGUAGCAGUGGCUACCAUGACGAUGGAUGCACGUGCAGAAAAACAGAUGUCGGCAUAAAGCUGACACUCUUCCAACGACAAGGGUGUAAAUCGGACGAAGAAAUGAAUGGACGUCUUUGCUAUCCCAAAUGCAAAGAUGGAUACCAUGCAAGUGGAUGCUGUGUGUGUACACCAAAUGGCGGCCCAGGUAUACGGAAAACUCUUGCACAAAGACAAAGUUGUCGUAGUGACGAAGAAAGCAACGGAGCAUUGUGUUACCCUAAAUGCAGAGAUGGUUAUAGACCUGUAGGAUGCUGUGUUUGCGAACCAAAUGACGGACCUGGCAUAAAGAUCACACUUCCGGCGCGACUUUAUUGCAAAGACAAUGAAACGAAACUGAAAGGUGCUUGUUGGGAGUAAUGUCGAAAUAGCUACAAUGAUCAUCUUAAAGGAGACGUAUGUACAAAGAUUUAUAGAAAAUCUAUUGUGCACCAAAACAUGAACUUAUUAUUCUAAACCUUCUUCUAUUCUUGUUGAUCAUAUAAUAAACUUUUUUGCAGUGUU